AAGCAUAUUCAUUUGCCUGGCCUGCCCUGUGGAGUUCUGUCAACAGAGGUAAAGAGCUCACCCACUAAACUUAAGUGGCAGCCUUUCUGUUCCAGAGUGGAGCUAGGCCAGUAAGUGUAAACUUGGAAGUGGAGAAGAAAAUGAAUCAUUCUGCCAAGAAGCCAGUAGUUUGGAAGCUAAGAGCAGGUGAUUGAACCAGUUAGCUGCAGCCUACAGGUUUUGAAAACCACUCUCUAGACGGCCAGCAAGACAGCUGGGUGUGCACCAGCAUUGAACCUGCCAGCAGACUCUCCCUGCCCCCAAGGACUCCAGCCCUGCCAUGGCAGAUUUCCAGCACAACAGCUGCACUAACUUCUUGUGCACCCAAAAGGGAAUACUUCUGUUUGCUGAGAUUAUAUUGUGCCUUGUGAUUCUGACCCUCUACAGUGCCUCACCAUCAGGCUAUAUCUCUCUGUCGCUGAUUGAAUUGAUCCUAGCUAUCAUCUUCUUUAUCAUCUACACAUGUGACCUGCACACCAAGAUACAAUUCAUUCACUGGCCUUGGACUGAUUUCCUCCGAUCCCUCAUAGCGGCCAUCAUCUACCUGAUCACCUCCAUUAUCUUACUUGUUGAGAGAGGAUAUCGCUCCAGAAUCGUUGCAGGGAUACUCGGCCUAAUCGCCACGGCCCUUUUUGGCUAUGAUGCCUCUAUUACUUGCCCGAUGCGACAAUAAAGACACACUGCAACAC